AUGAACAACUUAUGGGUUGAAAAAUAUCGCCCUAAAAAUGUACUCGAUAUUUCUCAUCAAAAAGACGUAGUUAGUAUGUUGAAUCACGUCUUGGAAAGUGGGAAUAUGCCACACUUGUUGUUUUAUGGUCCUCCCGGCACUGGUAAGACAUCUGCAGUACUUGCUCUUUCAAGGGAGCUAUUUGGGCCAAAUGAAUAUAAGAAUAGAAUUCUUGAACUGAAUGCCUCUGAUGAGAGAGGUAUCAACAUUGUUAGGGAAAAAAUCAAGUCCUGGACGAGGCAAAUAGUCCAGUGUAACAAAGCCCAUGAAUUAACGGGUAAACCCCUUCCCUCAUGGAAAAUUGUAAUUUUAGAUGAGGCCGAAAUGAUGACUGCAGAUGCACAAUCAGCACUAAGAAGAAUAAUAGAAGUUUCUGCAAAAAACACUAGAUUUGUUAUUAUCUGUAAUUAUAUAAAUAAAAUAAUAGAGCCAUUAGCUAGCAGGUGCGCAAAGUUCAGAUUCCAACCAAUCUCAACGAAGUCUCAGAUCUCAAGGCUGAAUUAUAUAUGCUACCAAGAAGGGAUUUCAUGCGAAGACGGUAUAUUAGAAAUGGUUGUAAAUUUGUCUCAGGGAGAUCUCAGAAGAGGAAUAAACAUUCUUCAAUCUGCUUCUGAAUUGUUUGGGAAAGAUGCAAAAAUUGAAAUUAAUUCUAUCUUAGAUAUUGCAGGUGUUCCACCCAAAAAAAUUAUUGAAAGAGUCGUGAAUUCAUGCAAAAUUGCAGGGACCGAAAGCAUCUUAAUAGAGACUGGGAAACUAACCAACGAAGGAUGGAGUGUAGGACUAAUUCUCAAAAAUCUAGUAGAAUUCAUUGUUGAGUGCGAUAAAAUUGAUGAUUCAAAAAAGGCGUUUUUAAUGCUGAGGAUUUCUGAGGCAGAUGCAAGCGUAACAGAUGGAUCAAACGAAUACUUAACAUUGCUAAAUGUUUGUUCAAGUAUCCAGACUAUUUUUGCCAAUUAA